CUCGUCUCUAUUCACACUUUCGACAGGGGAGAGAGUCCCUAUGCAGCAGGCAUCGCCUUCUCAUCGCUCUCUCUCCUUCUCCCUUCCUCCCUCCCUCCCUCCCUGCCUCCCUCUCUCUCUUUCUCUCUCAAUGAGACAGACCACUGAUGAUCAGGCUGAGCGCAGCAACCCACCACAGAUCUCCCAUCAGCUCAGGAGCAAACAGCGAACUCUGACGGCAUCAGAGGCAACCACACGCAGGACUGAUCUGCAGUCAGCGGAGAAGCAGCAGGGAGGAAAAGGCGUAGGAGAUCGGGCGUGAGGUGGCUUCAAGAGGCAAAUUAGCUGCUGAGAGGCUGAGCCACAGUGCAAACACACACUCUCUCUCUCUCUUUCUAAAGGCGGAGGACCUCUUCUCUCCCGGAGAUCAGCCAUGGAGGAGAUGCUCACCUGCAGCCGCAGCCCUUUCUCCCAGGUGUUCGGGCGUCAGGGUCAGCUCAUGCAAGCCACUGUGCAGUCUCUGAACAGCUUGAAUGACCAGAUUGCGAGCAUCAUGGUGACUGGACCCAAGCCGCAGGAGCAGGAGCAGCCCGUCUUUCCUCCUCCUGAGAAGGAGCCGCUGCAGAAGUCCAUGACCCUUAUGAGGCACCUUCUUGUGGAUGCACAGGCAAAAAUCCUGAAAAUGAUGGACGACAACAAGCAGUUGGCCCAGCGCAUCGAUGGGGCCAUUCAGUCCGCCAGCCAGGAGGUGACCAACCUGCGGUCGGAGCUGAGCGCCACCAGCCGCAGACUGGCCGAACUGGGGGCGAGCGACUGCGCCAGCGUGCUGGAGACCCCGCAGCAGAACCACAAUGAUCCCUCUUCCCACCCGAGGCAGAGGCCUUCGGCCACGGACCUCUGCUACAAGACCGAAAUUAGCAGUCUGAUGGACUUCAACUCUCCAGACGCCUCACUGGACAAAGUCCUGCUGCGCGAGGAGGUGGCCCAGCUCCAGGAGGAGGUGCACCUGCUGCGGCAGAUGAAGGACAUGUUGAGUAAGGACCUGGAGGAGACCCAGCGAGGCUGCUCGGCCGACGUGCUCUCGGCCACCGAGCUGCGCGUGCAGCUGGCCCAGAAGGAGCAGGAGCUGGACCGAGCCAAGGAGGCCCUGCAAGCCAUGAAGUCCGACCGUAAGCGCCUGAAGGUGGAGAAAGCAGACCUGGUGAACCAGAUGCAGCAGCUUUAUGCCACGCUGGAGAGCCGGGAGGAGCAGCUCCGCGACUUCAUACGCAACUAUGAGCAGCACAGAAAAGAGAGCGAGGACGCGGUGAAGGCACUGGCCAAAGAGAAGGACCUGCUGGAGCGAGAGAAGUGGGACCUGCGGCGGCAGACCAAGGAGGCCACGGAGCACACGGGGAUGCUGCGCUCCCAGCUCGACCUCAAGGAGAACCGCAUCAAGGAGCUGGAGGCCGAACUGGCUAUGAUGAGUAACUGUGUCAGUCAGAGAAUGGAGAUCCGGGUGUUUGAGCGGGUCGCAGACAGGGACUGCUCUCCUAGGGUCAUGGGGGCCAAACAGUCUCUAGCAACCCUCACCAAGGAUGUGCCCAAGCGUCACUCUGUGGCCAUGCCCACGGAAACGGUUGUCAACGGCAACAACCAGGAGUGGGUGAUGCAUGCUGACCUUCCCCUAACCGCCGCCAUCAGACAGAGUCAGCAGACCCUCUACGUCCACGCGGGGCAUCCCACUGACAGACAAGUGGCUGCCGUGCGAGUGAGCCCCUGCCACUCGCGUCAGCCCUCCAUCCUCUCCGAUGCCUCGGCGUUGGAGGGGGACCGGUCAUCCACACCGAGCGACAUCAACUCCCCACGCCAUCGGACUCACUCCCUCUGCAAUUCCCUAGAAGAUCUGGAGGAGGCGAAGCGUAAGAAGAAGAAAGAGAAGAUGGGGCUGGGCUCUCUGUCGCGUGUUUUCGCCCGGGGGAAGCAGCGCAAGUCCCUCGACCCUGGUUUGUUUGAUGGUACUUCAACGCCUGAUUAUUACAUAGAGGAAGAUGCAGACUGGUAAAGCACACAUGUCCGAGCCAACCGGCUCUGGAGAGCCCGUUUGGCGGUGAUCAGAAGACAGCAUUGUGUUGUGUGUGUGCGUGUGUGUGUGUGUUUGAUUGAUGUCAGUGUGUACAGAUACAAUAAUGUGUGUGUGCCCGUACAGUCUCACACACAUCCUUGCUUCCAUGUGUGUGGGAGUGUUUGCAUGCGUGUGUCGGCCAUGGUCAGAGGCCAUGUGACGAGCCGGGGGGCGUGUCUUGCUUCGCCCCAAGUGUAAACCUUACCAAGCGGAAUGCACCUGUAUGUAUGUACAGUCCUGUAAAUAGAGUGGACAGUGUGACUCAGCGACCCUGUGGAUAUGUUCUAUUGUAUCUGCUCUCCAAGACGACUGUGUUACUGGAUCUUUUAAUUGUUCUUUCGAUUUUGACCUUUUGUUUUCACUCAACUGGAAACUUGAAGGACUGCUGUACUUGUAAAUAACAACAGUUGAUGUGCACUUUGUGCGUGUAAAUGUCUCCCUGUCCCGAAUGCCUUCUGUUAAUUUUGACAUGUACUCCCUUCCUUGCACCACCUUUUUAACUUGAGCUCCUCCCUGUUUAUUGUCCUGCUUGGUCCAUCCCCCUCCUUCCACACUGCCAUGAUGAGAACAGUUUCCUAGCGGCAAAGAUGCAGACUCCUCAAAUCCGCCUCUAAUUCGGUCGCAUAACCAACCUCUCAGCCGCCAAGAUAGCUGCACUCCUUGAUGUUCGCUCGAAUGGGACUUCAAAGACGCUUCUAAGCGAGGAAUAAACUUUCCAUGCAAAACAGUUUGUUCCACAUCAACGUGAAGCCAAACAGGAAAUGUAAAGAAAUGUGUUUUCUAUCAGUCAAGAUAGAAGAUACUGUGCGACAUGCAUGCACAUAGUCCCAGUCCCCACAUGCACAUGGAACAAAAACCGGCUCGGCAUGAAUGUCCUUCUCUGCAAAUAUUGUAGAGGGUAUAAAAAAAAAAAAAAGAGUGAUCCAUUGCUCAUUUUGUGAUGUUUAUGGUUUUUACCUGCUUCGAAGGGAGAUUUUAGAUUUUCUUGUUCCAAAAAAGCUUCUGAUCAAUGUCAAAAGCUUAACAUACCAAACACUAAACACAGAACGUUUUAAUCUGCACCUACAAGGCUCUUUGUAUGUAAACUUACAUCUAAAAUAUAUUAAUGGUCAGCAGAGUCACACAGUCACAAAGAAAACCCAGCACUACCCUUUGAAUGCUUUAGUAAUUAUCCCACUUAUUCAUGAGGCUUUGUACCAUUUUCCUACUGUAGGAUCUUACAGCAGCUUGUAUCUUUAUUAUUUUAUUAAUACUUAAAGGCUGGUAGAAUCAUUCCGGGGAAAGUUAGUCUAAUAAAAGAAAGCUAUUAUGGUAGCAUAGGUAAGACGCUGUAGGUAUUAUACUAGUGGUCAAGGCUUUUCUAAACCUCAGGAAUUAGGUUACGUUACCAGAAAAUCGGAACUUCACAGGCCUGAAUUUAGAGCAGGCAUUAAAGGAACUGUUAUAACAAUAAUGAGUGCCAACACAGCAGCUUAGAGAUCCGAUUCAAGCAGGCUAAUCAAACCGAAGCAAACGUAUAUACCUUCUCCCAUGACCCCCAAAUUCUGAUGCAGUUCAAGCCAACCAGCUGAAAAAAAAAGCAAUUAACUUUGUGCCAAAGGUUAAUAGUCUUUCUUCAAGCACAAGAAUGCCUAAAGACGUUGGAUUAUUUUCUUCCUUUCAUUGGAUGGAGCCGGAGUCUGCACUGCCACCCCCAGGAAAUCGUUUCUGUCCUCGAUAUUAAACUAACACGGGGUGUUUGUCAGGCUCAUCUGAAACACUGCAGAGUCACAGAUUACCGCGGAGCUGUGUUCAACCACAGUGCCACGCAAAGAUUAGCAUUCGGCUCAGGCUGCAUUCGGGCUCCCAGAUUUUAGAUUUAGCGGUGAACCACGAAGGUAAUUCAUAGAUAAGUCCUUUUAUAUUUAAUGUUAUGUAUAAGAACAACAGCUCAUCCACUACUUGUGGAAUGUGGAAGUCUAGGCUAUUUCUUCUGAGGGGAAGAAGAACAUAUAAAAAAACAAACAUUGUAUGAUUUCUAUGUUUUGAGCCGUGGCCUCUUUGUUGUUUUCUUUGUUUUUUCCACAAAUAUUUUACUUUUUGUAAAUUACAGAAAUAAAAUUAAUAUUAUUAUUAAAGAGUUUUUAUUUAAUGUUAAAGAUGUAGGCCUCAUUGGAGGACUUCGAUUGUGAGGUCCUGAGAUGUUUAGAAGUGGAUAUAGUAGCAAACUUUUAAAGGCAUGGCAACAAAUUUACGCUCAAAAGAAUUAAGAAUAAGAUUAUUUUAAAAUAAAAAUAAAUAACGUUGAACUUC